CGUUGGUUCCCUCCACGCCGUUGUCAUUUUGACUGAGAUGCACGAGUACCAUUGAGCAGGGAUAUGUCUGAUCCCAUAUCCCUGCACCACAUGUACCGCUUUAGCGUCUAGUUUGACUGAGCUGGAAUCUUCUGGAAUUCGAGUUUUCGUCGGAAUUUUAAGUUGCUGUUAGUCGGAACACCCUUGGCACAACCAGCAUGGGCAUGGUGGACCCAGAAUUCCGGGGGGUGGGCCAGAAGGAGGGGCUCAGGAUAUGGCGCAUCGAACAGAUGAAAGUGGCCAAAAUCCCCGAGAAGGAUUACGGCCACUUCUUCAUGGGCGACUCCUACAUCUUGUUGCAUACGAAGUCUUCAGGAGGUGGCUUUGUGUGGAACAUUCAUUUCUGGCUUGGGAAAGAAACAUCUCAGGAUGAGGCAGGCGUGGCAGCGUACAAGACGACAGAGUUGGAUGACCACCUGGGCGGGUCUCCCACUCAGCAUCGGGAGGUGCAGGAAGCUGAGUCUAAGCUCUUCCUCUCCUACUUCAAGCAGAUCGUCUACGAGAAAGGUGGCGUUGCCUCAGGAUUCAGGCAUGUGGAGAGGAACAAGCACGACCCCAAACUGUCAAAGGUCAAAGGCAAGCGCAAUGUCAGGGUCAUCCCGGUUGACUUGACGUGGGACUCCUUCAACAACGGUGAUGUGUUCAUCCUUGAGCUGAACCAGAAGAUCUAUGUGUGGUGUGGUUCCAAGGCUAACCGGCAGGAGAAACUGAAGGGUGGAGAGUAUGCUAAAAGGGUCCGGGAUGACAUGUAUGGAGGCAAGGCUCACAUUGUGUACCUUGAAGAGGGAGAGACCUUGCCCGAAGACAUCACCAAGGCCCUGGGCCCUCCGCCGAAAAGCUUCAAAGACUCGCCAGAAGAAGACGAAACCUUUGCCCGGAAAAAUGUCGCCAAUACCAAGUUGUACCAUGUUACUGAUGAGUCAGGUGCCCUUGUUGUCACGGAGAAAGCUGUGUGUCCACUGACCCAGGAUCUGCUGGACUCCAAUGACUGUUACAUCAUCGACCAAGGCAGCGCCGGUAUUUACGUCUGGAAGGGCAAAUCGGCCACUCAACAGGAGAAAGUCAGGGCCAUGAAGAAUGCCGAGGGGUUCAUAAAAGCCAAGCAGUACCCCAAGGGCACCCAGAUCACUGCUGUCGGCGACGGCGGUGAGCCAACCGCAUUCAAGUACAUCUUUAAGAACUGGCGGGAGAAGAACGCCUCUCAGAUAGGCGUGGUCAGAUCUCCCAGGGGCAACAUUGCCAGGGUAGAAUACAAGAAGUUUGACGCUACCAGCCUCCACAAAAAGAGUACCGGUGAUUUUGAGGCGGACCCAUCCCUGGCUGCAACGCACGGCAUGCCAGAUGACGGAACUGGCACGAUCAAGAUUUGGCGCAUUGAGGAUUUUGAAAAAGUGGAGUUGGACCCCAGCCUGUACGGGCAGUUCUUUGGCGGUGACAGCUACGUGAUCCUGUACACGUAUAAGGUGCGAGGACGGGAGCAGUACAUCAUCUACUUCUGGCAGGGCCAAGAGUCCUCUCAAGAUGAGAAGGGGGCUUCGGCCAUCCACGCCCAGGAGCUGGAUGAUUCCAUGGGCGGAGCCCCGGUCCAGGUGCGCGUGGUGCAGAACAAGGAGCCACGCCACUUCCAGAUGAUCUUCAAAGGCAAGAUGAUCAUCCACAUGGGAGGCAAGGCUAGCGGCUUCAAGAACCGUCAAGAGCAAGACAAGGCCGAGUCCACGGCAAGGCUCUUCCAAGUCAGGGGAACAAACGAGCUGAACACCAAGGCCAUCGAGGUUCCAGCCAGAGCAAGUGCUCUCAACUCCAACGAUGUAUUUGUCCUGAAGAUGCCCAAUGAAACCUUCUUAUGGUGUGGGAAGGGAGGCAGUGGCGAUGAAAGAGAACUUGCCAAGGGGGUGGCCAAGACACUAGCUGGAAGGGCGUCUGACUACACCAUGGUGCCUGAGGGACAGGAACCGGCCAGCUUCUGGAGUGCACUGGGAGGCAAGGCCUCCUACGCUAACACCAAGUCGUUGGAGACUGAGGUGCCCGACUUUCCCCCGCGCUUGUUCCAAUGCUCCAACGCUUCUGGCAACUUCAUGGUGGAGGAGAUCCAUGAGUUCACGCAAGAAGACAUGGUGCAGGAUGACGUCAUGCUGCUGGAUGCCUACCACACGGUGUUUGUAUGGAUUGGGUCAGGCGCCAAUGAGGUGGAGAAGAAAGAAGCCAUCAAUACUGCCAAGGAAUACAUUUUAUCUGAUCCCAGUGGCCGGGAUGUGGAUGCCACGUCACUGAUCAAGAUCCAGGAGGGUAACGAGCCGUUGCAUUUCACCGGCCACUUCCACGCAUGGAACCCUAACUACUUUAAGGAGUUGCCUAACCUGGAUGACAUGAAGGCCCAGGCCAAGAAGGAUAACGAGAAGAUUGCCAUCACGUCGGCUCCCACCCUGGUGAGACUUGAUCAGGCCCCCAAGAAGCAGGAUGGAGAGGACUUCAACUCCUUACCCAAGUACUCCCUGGAGAAGCUGCAAUCCAAAGAGCUGCCUGAGGACGUGGACGUCAGCAAGAAGGAGUAUCACCUCUCUGCUGCUGACUUUGAGAAGGUCUUCAAGAUGAAAUUUCCGGACUACGUCAAGCUGCCAGGGUGGAAAAGAAACAAAUUGCGAAAGGACAACGGGCUGUUUUAAAAGAAAUGCUCACCAGAGUCACAAGGGAAGAAAAGAAUUAGAGCAAAUAGCGAUAGUGAGUCGUCGAUCUGAUCAUUAUCCAGCACCGAGGUGGUAGUCAAAUCCUCAAAGAGCUAGGAAUUCUCUGAAGGAGUAGCUUUAAACUGUUUUUGUUCAUAUUGGAGGGUUUGGUGCCAAUUAACAGUAGUUGUGUUGAAUAUUCCUCAAAUGAUGGUUCAUUGAGGGUUUGUGUAGCAUUUGGUUUUAAACAAAGAACUGGUGAGCACCAGUGAGUGUAUUUUGCAUCAAUUGAUUAUUUAAAAAAAAUCGCUACAUGGCUAUAACUCACAGAUAUGUUAUUUGAUAACAUUGUGAGGGGAAUAUUUUUUUACCCCCAAAGCUGCAGGAGUCUGAAUGAUUUUGUUUCUUAGGGGAUUUAAAUUUAUGCUUUUUUCUUUUAAAUCUUUGACUUGCGCGUUUAUUAUGUUAAAAUUUGAUGACAGGCUCUUUGAGGAUGAAAAUAUCAUAAAAGCAGGAAAAAGUUAUUUUUAAUGUGAUGCGUUAUUGAAACCAUUGGAGCUGUUUAUUUCUGCCAGUUUUGGAUCAUGUUGUUUUUCAAGUUCUUUCUUUCGAGGUGCAUGGUGGAAAUAACCAUGAAUGUAUGUGCAUGACAAGUUUUGUGGAAAUUUAAGAAAUGGCUCAGGUAUGAGAAAAAGACAAAAUGUUUGCUGUAGAGGCCAGAAGUUAGUUUAGAAUGAAGUAUGUGCAGUCGUUUUUGACUUUGAAAGUUUAUGGCCCGGCUGGAGUUUGUGUUCAGUCUGGUGCCUGUCCACAUGGUUUGCCUAGCUUCAGAAAGUUGAAGUCGGGGAACCGGACUUGGACACAACGUCGUGGCCUCAUCUGGACUCGUGCAUUUCAGUCAACGGCUACGGCUCAUUACUGCGUAGUGUGCAUGGCAGGAAAAAAAGCUGACAGCCAAGAAAUACCCAAUUCAGACACAACCCUUAGGCAAGAAGUGUCUGGCUGGCAAUGUUUUUCAAAAAGGAAGGCUGAUUCCCUUUUUUUCUUUUGCUCAGUGAAUUUUGGCACAUGGGCAAUUUCUGAAAAUGCAAGGUGUGUCAUGUUGUAGAUUGUAUAAUUUUAACAUUUGAAGUGCUGAUACAACUUGUUUGUGAGCAUAGUAGAGAAUGUCUUCGUCCCUUCCAAGAGUGAAGGGAUAUUUAGUGACCCUUCUAGUACAUUUUGUGCUUUCUAAAAUUCCUUUCAUUUGCGGUUAUAAAAGACAAAUUCAGAUUACUCAUAAGGGAUGCGACAAAACUGUGGAAAUUCCCACACUGUCUUUCACAGCGUUGCAUCCUUUUGUGUCUUUCUCACCAAUCCAUUCCCUGAUGCUCAGAUGCUGUUUGUUAGCCUGAGCGGUUUCCCCGUAGAGCUGGCCAUCUGUCAGUUAUACUGUCUGAUAUGGAAUGUUUGAAGGCACGGCUUCAAAGCUGCAGGUUGCAAAACUGCAGAAAGUAUCACCCCCUCACACACACGUUGAAAUAUUUGAGAACGACUGAUGUGGGGCCUUUGUACCCAUGAACAAUUUUGUAUUGCUGGUUAUAAGCUUGAACCACUGCACGAAUGUGGAGUCUGCAUCAUGGGUGUUAAAUAGUGAAGUGCCUUUUGUACACGAUUAUUUUAGAGAUAUUGAGACUAAGUAUAUUUCACCCAUGCAUUUUGGCACAGCUGGUAACAUGUAGGCAAACAAGGUGAUUGCAUUGCUUGAAAUUUAUGGUUUCAAGGUUUGGGGAUAUUUGGUUUUGGACUUAUAUUUUGAAAUCAGCAGUCUAUUUAUCACAAGAUAUUGUUUGAUAGAUGAAAUACUAUAGCAAUAUAAUGGCAAUUUGAUAGCUUAUUAGAAAGAAUAGAUAGAUAUUGAAAUUGCUUAUAACAUAUAUUAUAUAAAAUGCAGAUUUGACAACUAUUUUUAGCAUCAAAGGCGCGCCUACACUUGUUGCCUUGGAUUUCACAAUAUUGAAUUUUCAGAAUAAGCGCCAGAUUUUACUGAGAAUCUAUAUGCUGCAUGCUGCAGCUGUUUAAUCACAUGUAUCAUAGAAAUUAUCAGAUUUACGCAGAUUUUCGAUCAUGGUUAGUAUUGUUCGGGGAUGACCUUUUUUUUCAACAUUUGUAGAAGUGCAAGUCAAAAGUUGAUGCUGUAAAAACACAUUGUACUUAGUUGUAAUUUUCACAUGGGCUGAUUUCUCUUUACAUCCGAGUACACUCACUGAUGUUUCACAUGACAUAGUAAUAUGUUUGAGUGAACUGCUACUCUCUAAUAUACAAAUUCAAGGCCCGAUGCCGGAAAAGUGAAACGUGAAAUUUCAAAGGUUAUCAUGGAAAUGACAAAUUUUUAAAUUCCAUGGAGAGAAAUUGUACAAAAGGUGGAAACUUGUAACUGCUAUGUUUUUCCCCAUAUUCAGAGUAAUAUUGAAGCUCGGCGGGCAUUAGAAUGAGUCCGUUAUUCUGCUUUUGGAUUCCCCUGUGCAAAUUUCAUGGUGAAUGGUCAUUGCCAUGUACUUCAUUCGUGUCCUAAUUUCAGUUACAGUUCUGUUGGAAUUUCAAAGUGAAACUUGGGAAAACCUGUCAUUUUUUCCCAAUUUAGAUUUGUGAUAUUUCAGGUCACUCAAGUAACUUUCUUUUUUUUGGAGGAAGUGUGGAUUAGUUUUGUUUGUAUAUUUUGUGCGUGGUUUUUUAAUUUGUAAUUAUUUUUGUGAGUCACAGUUUUGCCUAAUGCCAUGGCAAAAUGCGUGUGGGACCUCGCCGAUUCUAAAAAUAAGUGGUCAUCUUGAUAUUUUUGAAGUCCUCUUGUCAGAAGCGAGCCUUUGAUCACAGAACAUGGAUCUGAUUGUUUGGCUGAUGCAUAAUGGCCAAUUGAUUUCAAAAAUUUGGGGCAAGUUCACUCACAUCUGUUUGUGUUGAUUUUUGAUUUUGUACCCAUUCAAAGUGUCUGUUUUGGUCUUGAAGUUUUCCUACAAAUUUUUCCUAUGUAGUCACUUGCAUGCCUGGUUUUGCAUUGCUUGGUAUUUCACGCCAAAGCCAGUCACCCUUUAGUUGUACAUAUAGCUUUGUACACACAGUGCAGCCAGAGGUUUUUAGUGACCUCUCAGAUAAAUAGUGAUUGCUAUUUCUCAAAUACCUCAAUUAGGAAAGAUACGUUCUAGUUCUGUUCCAUUAGUCAAAACCGUUUGCUGCAAAAUGCAAAAACUCCUGAUUUUUCUUACAUCUCAGCACCUGUGCCUUCUUCACAACACAUUCCUUCGUAGAACAUUUGUAGCUGGAUGGAAUAUGUGAAAGCUGCCUUACACGAAUUCUCACCUGAUUCGUCUUAAAUACAGUUCAUAUUUGACAGAAACUUUCGGUGGUGCAAGUUUUUGUCAUGGUUGUAAUGCCAAUGCACUUGAUCAUAAGCAGUGGUACAAAAGAAAUACAAUGUAUUGCUGUAGCAGUAUGAGAUACCUGCAGGGGGAUAGUGUAGUGCUUUGCAUGUGUUUGGUUUACGUAGAAGCCUAUUAGUUUGUGCCUUGAGACAGAAAUAAACUUUUUUGAAACAUGCUGAUUAUAAACAGA